UGAAGUAUGUUAGACGAUACGAAACGCAGCUUCGAAAACACGUGCAGGAUUUACAGAGUUUUCAUAUUAUAGAAGUGUAUUAUCGUCAAGAAUUUAAUAUACGUCGAGAACCGAGUCGAUUCUUUUUUUUUUUAAAAAAAAAAGGUUUGGACCAUGAGCCCCGCUAAGAUGUGGGUCCUUGUGGCCGCUGCUGUUGUCGCUACAGCUCUGCAAAGCAACGCCGAAGCUCCGUUAACUGGCAGCUAUUUGCCUCCGUCAACUAGCUACGGAACACCCAAUCUCGGAGGCUCCGGGGGCGGUGGAUUUGGCGGUGGUUUCGGAGGAGGUGGCUCGCCUUCGAGCAGCUACGGUGCCCCUUCUUCGGGAGGAAGUAGCUUCGGCGGAAGCAGCGGUGGAUCUUUCGGCGGUAGUUUCGGAGGUGGCGCACCUUCCGGUAGUUACGGUGCGCCAUCCAGCAGCUACGGAGCCCCGUCUUCCGGGGGUGGUGGCGGUGGAUACAGCGGUGGAAGCAGUUUCGGCGGAAGUGCACCGUCGAGUAGCUACGGCGCCCCCUCGUCCGGAGGUGGUUCGUUCGGCGGAAGCAGCGGUGGAUCUUUUGGCGGUAGCUUCGGGGGUGGCGCGCCAUCCAGCAGCUACGGAGCUCCGUCGUCCGGUGGAGGCGGGGGUGGAAAACCUUCUUCGAAUUACGGUGCACCUUCGUCCGGAGGUGGUUCGUUCGGUGGAAGCAGCGGUGGAUCAUUCGGCGGUAGUUUUGGAGGUGGUGCACCAUCCGGUAGUUACGGUGCGCCGUCCGGUAGCUACGGAGCUCCUUCUUCGGGAGGGGGUGCAUUCGGCGGUAGCAGCGGAGGAAGUUUCGGGGGUGGAUUCGGCGGCAGCGCUCCGUCCAGUAGCUACGGAGCUCCGUCGUCCGGCGGCGGAAGACCCUCUUCGAAUUACGGAGCACCAUCGUCCGGUGGAAGUGGAAGACCUUCGUCCAACUACGGAGCUCCAUCGUCCGGCGGUGGAAGACCUUCUUCGAAUUACGGAGCACCAUCGUCCGGUGGAAGUGGAAGACCUUCGUCCAACUACGGAGCACCCUCGUCUAGCUACUCGGCACCCUCGUCCAGUUACGGAGCACCGUCAUCCGGAGGUGGUGGAUUCGGAGGUGGUAGCGGAGGUGGAAGACCUUCUUCGAGUUACGGUGCACCCUCCAGCGGUGGAGGCGGUAGCUAUUCGAAACCGUCCAGCAAUUACGGUGCCCCGAGUUCAGGAGGUAGCGGCAGUUUUGGAGGUGGAGGUGGUUUCGGAGGUGGUUUCGGAGGAGGUUCGGGCGGUGGAUACUCCGGAGGUGGUGGUGCUAGUCGUCCCUCUUCGAACUACGGUGCACCUUCUUCGGGGGGAGGUGGUUACAGCUCUGGCGGUAGUGGAGGAUACAGCUCCGGGGGUGGCGGAGGAUACAGCUCCGGGGGCGGUGGAGGAUACAGCUCCGGGGGUGGUGGAGGAUACAGUUCAGGAGGCAGCGGAGGUGGUCAAAGUUACGCCAGCAACGGUGGCUACCAAUACUGAGCCAAGGUUUGACUUUUGCAGGAAGCGGGUUUCCGUUCGCGGACUCGCUUCGAUCGUCAAAACUAUUCUUGUGCCAGGGAACGAAUUUCUAAAGCCUGACAUAAACUACGACCAUGACACUCUGAAUCACAGACAACGCGAUUAUUUCUUUAUUUUUUUUUUUUCUCAUCUCUUUAUUAAUCAACACCUGAUUGUUCAGAAAUUGACGACGGUGGGUUGAGUGAUUUAUUUGAAAAUUCUGUGCUGACCGGUGGGAAAUAUUGCCCGAUUCCUCAAUUUCAUUUGGCAUUGAUUGUCUAUUAUCAAUUUUUGGCCGCUAGAGUAGCGAUGCGGAUGAGAAAUGUGCUAUACGAGGACAGAAGAAGAACCCGCACAUCGAACUCACUCGACUAACUGAACUGAAUUAUUUUUGUAGAUAUACUAAAUCGAUCAUGCUUUAAUACUAUACGAAGGCGAUGUACAUUUUAUAUUUUUAUACAUGACGAAAAAGAAAAAAAAAGCAAAAUAAAAAACCAUGAUCAUUAUUAUUAUUAAUAUAUCGUCCAGCUAAGACAAAUGAUUGUUUGCACCGAAUGUAAUUUAUUUAUUUUGUGAAAACGUUUUUUUGUACUAAUAAAGCUGGUCUGCUAUAAAAUAA